AUGUCGAACACGAACCGAGAGAUCCUUCCUUUGGUCCUCAAUAUCUUUGUCACUCUGCUCAACGACAGCAUGGGUUACAUCCACGCUUGUUCUCUCCGGUGGUCGCUGCAAAGAGAAGGCAAGCUCGACUUCAACUCGAACCUACGUCUCCUCACGGCCUCGAGGCACAGCCGGCCCAAUAGUGCGGUCCCAAACGCCAUCUAUCUCAUCGGGAUUAUUCUCGCUUACGGAUCAACAUCGCUCAUCUUCCUAAGCCUAAACCCAGAGCUUGCCCGGCUGUUGGGCAAAGACUACGAUCAUUCAGAUACACAGGCCGUGCACGCAAACACAGUUGCCCUGAUUACAUUCGGCAUCGGAUUCCUGCUGCAGGCGGUCAUCACCAGCUGGACGUUACUGCAGACCGACAUACCCACCUGGAGUUCCAAUCCCCUUGACGUCGCCCGUGCAUGUACCGUUGAUGAGCACGACGGACAACGGGUCGAGCCGCGCAUUGGGAGAUGCAUGAUGAGCGCUCAUCUGGCUAUGAAAGAUGCUAGGAGUUGCAGACCAAGGAGGCGACAGAGACCCAUGAUCACCGCCCAUUCUCAUGUGAAAUGGAUCCUCAGUCUGCUGUGGCUUCUGCCGCUGCUGAGCGGCUCCUGGGGAGGCGCUGCAUACGGUUACCUCUUGAAGGGACAUCGAAACAGCGUUUUUGGGAGGUCGUGGUCUCUGCUCCCAGUUUUCACUGGCAAAACAGACUCCAACUGUUCUACUGGGCAAUGCACGGAUGGCACCUCGGUGAUCAACCUCAACUGGAGUGCCAAAGGCGCGGCUGGUACCGUUGGAGGUGUCUUCAUGAUUACCGCCAUUCAAUCCAUCGUCACCCUGUCUCUGCACUGCGCGGAGCUGCUCGUAAACCUGUCGCGAGACGAAAAGGUUUUCCGGGAACUCAUCGGGCCCAGGGGCACAAACGGACACUACAACUCGAUCCUCGCCGCCUUCACAUCCUGGCAGACCAUAGUCCUGUUUGCCCUCAAGGCGAUUGUGCACUGGAUAUUCGGUCUCGCCAUCAACCUGCAGUUCCAGAUCGGCGUGAACAUGCAUCCACCACAAAUCUUCUACUUUGCAGGCAUCUCUCUGGUCACAGCCAUUUUCGGACUGUCUCUUUCCCUGCAACGGCCCCGCGGGUACCUGCCCGCAUCGUACGGCCACAUCCAAACCAUUGCCGACGUUGUCGACGACUGGGCCGACUCGGGAUGCAUGUUCUGGGGCGAGAAAGAUCCAGGCAGCGUGGACAAACCGGGCUACACGGGCACCAGCACCCGCCGGCUCAAGCAGCCGGAUGAGAAUAAGCUGUAUGGCGGCCUGGAGGGUUGCCGGGGAGCAGCACCCCGAGUGACCGUCACCCCGGUCUCUACCCCCGAUAUGCAUUAUCCUCUCAGUGCAUCGUCCGGGUCGCCCCCGCCGAUGUACUUUUCUGGCGGUGCUCCGUCGCCUCCGCCGCCGUAUGGGUAUGCUGCUUCUGGGCAAGGGCGGGGACAACAACAGGUCAAUAGCUAUGCCCAGUGGGCGGCAUACCAGCCGCAGAACCGACCGAGUUAUAAUAGUCUGAAUAGUGCCUACUCGGGGUAUUCGGGGUAUAGUGGACAGAGUACCCAGCCGUUUCUUUCGGAUUACAGGCGUAUGUGA